CCCGCCUCUCCGCCGGCAGCAGCAGCAUCACGGCCCUCUGGACCACAGCAACCACUAGCACCAGCAGCCGCCGAGCUCGAACCCGGCAGCCUCCCGCCCCAAAUCAUAGCCAUGGUCUCUGAGAUCACCGGCGUGUUGUGCGAGACCUUCCACACCUAUCCACCACAUACAAUCCAACGCCUGGCCGAGCUGAUACUCGAGCCGCGGCGGCACUACCGCUCCCUGCCCUCGUACCUGCACGCUGUCGACAGGGUGGUACACGUCACGAGCGGCAACAACAUCUAUCCGUUGCCACCCGCCGUGUCGGACAUGUCGCACCUGUCGAUCAACGGCACCGCGGACGACAACCAUGAGGAGGGUGGCAGUGUGGAAGGCGAGGCUGGCUCCGCCGCCCCCACCGGCGCGCUGGUCGGUAGCGACGAGGCGCUGGGCGGUGCGCUGCUCACACCUAUCCCGUGGCUCGCGCGGCGGGGCCAGGGCCAGGGCCAAGGGCGGCAAUUCGAGCCGCAGGUGCGGACAGAGAGCACGGAGACGAUCGAGGGGCCCAACGGCGUGGGGAGCAUCGAGACCGUGACGGUGUCGAUCAAUGGCAUCUCAUCGAUGAGCGCCGCGCAGCAGCAGAGGGUCAUUACACAAGGCGAGCUCAUCCGCCAGGAGCAGAAAGCGGGUGUCGUCCCGGUCAGCCAGCUUGCGAGGUCCGGCCCAGUGGUGGCCAGCUCUCCAUCUGCGGCCGCCGCAUCGACAACGACGGCAGGGGAGGAGGGUGCCGACACGACGAUGGCGGAAGGCGAGGGCGAGGGCGAGGACGGAGUACCAAGGGACAACAACAGCGAAAAAUCAGAUGAGGACAUGGCAGACGAAGACGAGACGCCACAUGCUCGUGGGCCAGACAUCAUUGGUGCGGCGGAUAUGGGCCCUCAGACGCCAACCUCAUCCACCUUCAGAAUCAGCAGCGGAGGCAAUGUCGAGGUACGCAGGAUCGAUGUCGAGGCCGCCGUGGGGCGGAAGCACGAGGCUCAGGCUCCCACUGCCGACGACGAGGGCGCUACUACGACGCAUUCCGAGACCAGUGACGACGCUGUCAUGACACCGCCGUCAACAGAUUCUACUGAAAGGCCCGCUGCAACCCAAGGCGAAGGAGAAGGUAUCAAA